GCUGACGACUACUACGACUGACAGUUGACGUUGACGGAUUGCCGACGUGUGCGGUGAAAUGUGUUGUUAUAUUUUAAUUUUAUCUUAAAAUUAUAGAAAUUGAUCUCGUCACCGCUGUGCUGCUGUGUGAAAAGAUAAAAUGGCUGCUCUAGAUCGAAAGGGAACCUUCAAAGUUGAAUAUCUUCAAGAAAUUGAGAGAAAGGUCCAGGAGAGAUGGGAAAAAGAGAAGAUAUUUGAAGUGGAAGCUCCGAAUGAUGGGAAACCUCACGAGAAGUUUAUGUGUACAUUCCCGUAUCCAUACAUGAAUGGACGCCUGCACCUCGGCCACACUUUCUCACUCUCAAAAUGUGAAUUUGCUACCAGGUACCACAGGCUGAAGGGGAAGAUGGUGCUGUUUCCUUUUGGCUUCCACUGCACAGGAAUGCCCAUCAAGGCCUGUGCGGACAAGUUGAAGCGGGAGAUGUCACUCUACGGUUGUCCUCCAGUGUUUCCCGAAGAAGAAGAGACUGUCGUUGAAGAAAAAGGAGAUAUUGUCCCUAAAGAUAAGAGCAAAGGGAAGAAAAGCAAAGCAGUAGCGAAGGCAGGCGCAGCCAAGUACCAGUGGCAGAUCAUGCGCAGUAUUGGGGUGCCCGAGGAAGAGAUCAAGGAGUUUGCUGAUGCCUACUACUGGCUUGACUACUUCCCACCGAGGGCUGUUGAGGAUUUGAAAAGAAUUGGCAUACAUGUAGAUUGGAGAAGAAAGUUCAUCACAACUGAUGCCAACAAAUUUUAUGAUUCCUUCAUAAGAUGGCAGUUUUACCAUCUGAAGGAGCGUAAAAAGAUCAUGUAUGGUAAGAGAUACACCAUCUUCUCUCCGAUGGACAGCCAGCCGUGCAUGGACCACGACCGCAGCACGGGCGAGGGCGCCGGGCCCCAGGAGUAUACCCUCAUCAAGAUGGAGCUUCUGAAGCCCUUCCCCAAGGUUCUCAAGUCACUAGAAGGCAAGAAAGUAAACUUUGUUGCGGCUACACUAAGACCUGAAACAAUGUAUGGGCAGACCAACUUCUGGGUCCAUCCUGAUAUCACGUACAUUGCUUUCGAAACAACUGACGACGGCAUCUACAUUUGCACGCGGCGCGCGGCACGGAACAUGUCCUACCAAGGAUUUACCAAAAAAGAUGGACAGUAUGAGGUGGUGCUAGAAGCUGUUGGACAAGACCUGCUAGGAGCAGCUGUGAAGUCUCCACUUACGGUUUACCCAAAAAUUUACGCUCUCCCAAUGCUUACAAUUAAAGAAGACAAAGGCACUGGAAUCGUUACUAGCGUCAUCUCUGACUCACCAGACGAUUACGCUGCAUUUGUUGAUCUGCAGAAGAAGCCAGCCUUCAGGGAAAAGUAUGGUAUUACAGAUGAGAUGGUGCUCCCAUUUGAGGCUGUACCUAUUCUAGAAAUCCCUGAGUACGGCAACCUAUCCGCCAUUCACGUGUACGAUAAACUAAAGAUACAAAGUCAGAAUGAUAAGGACAAGCUGCUCCAGGCUAAAGAGAUGGUUUAUCUGAAAGGCUUCUACGACGGCGUGUUACUAGUCGGUGAAUUUAAGGGCAAGAAGAUCCAAGAUGUGAAGAAGAAUCUGCAGACCAAACUGGUAAACGAGAAUGGGGCCAAGAUUUACUAUGAGCCUGAGAAGACUAUCAUAUCAAGGUCUGGGGAUGAGUGCGUGGUGGCGCUGUGCAACCAGUGGUACUUGGACUAUGGCAAUGAGCAGUGGAAGGCGCAAGUCAUGAAAGCGCUAGAGAAGAUGAACACAUACCACGACGAAGUCCGCAAGAAUUUUGUCGCUACAUUAAACUGGCUGCAUGAGUAUGCUUGCUCACGAACUUAUGGUCUUGGAACCAAGUUGCCGUGGGACGAACAAUGGCUGAUCGAGUCUCUAUCUGACUCGACAAUCUACAACGCGUACUACACGAUCGCUCACUUCCUGCAAGGAGGCACGUACCGCGCAGACCAAGGCAACGAGCUCAAUAUCAAGCCAGAAGACAUGACACACGAAGUGUGGAACUACAUCUUCUUCAACGACGCUCCCUUCCCGAAAACAACGAAAAUCGCCAAGAAAUCUCUAGACCAAAUGAAGAAAUCCUUCCAGUUCUGGUAUCCAGUAGACCUACGAGUGUCUGGCAAGGACUUGAUACAGAACCACUUGACGUUCUUUAUAUACAACCAUGUAGCCAUGUGGCCUAAUGAAGAGGACAAAUGGCCGAAGAGUAUUCGCGCUAAUGGUCAUCUGAUGUUGAACUCGGCAAAGAUGUCAAAGUCUGAGGGUAACUUCCUGACUCUGGCGGAGUCGGUGACGAAGUUCAGCGCCGACGGCAUGCGGCUGUCGCUCGCCGACGCAGGGGACUCGGUGGAAGACGCCAACUUUGUGGAGAGCACGGCCGAUGCGGGCAUCCUGAGGCUGUUCACGUUCAUCGAGUGGGUUAAGGAGAUUGUCGCUACCAAGGCUUCUUUAAGAUCAGGUGAACACAAUUUCCACGACAAAGUGUUCACGAGCGAGAUGAACCUCAAGAUCAACCAGACGGACGACAACUACAACAAGAUGCUGUUCAAGGAGGCCCUCAGGACCGGAUUCUUUGAGCUGCAGGCCGCGCGCGAUAAGUACAGAGAGCUGUGCAGCGACGGCGGCAUGCACGUGGAGCUGGUGGUGCGCUACAUCGCGACGCAGGCCAAGCUCGUGUCGCCGAUCUGCCCGCACGUGGCGGAACAUGUGUGGGAGCUGCUGGGGAAUAAGCGAAGCAUCCUCCACGAGACGUGGCCAGUGGCGGGCGAGAUCGACGAGGUGGCAGUAAAAGCAAGUAACUACCUGAUGGACGCCGCUCACUCAUUCCGCAUCUACCUGAAGAACCAUUCCGCUGUCAAGAAGCCCAAGAAGGGGGAAGCCCCGAAACCCGCUGAGAAGCCGAAUAAAGCUAUCCUGUGGGUGGCGAAGGAGUACCCUAAGUGGCAGCAUAUUAUUCUGACUACAAUGAAGCAGCUUAAUGGGCCGACAGGACUGCCAGACAACAAGGCGAUCUCCACAGCUCUCAACUCUAUACCUGACCUGAAGAAGUACAUGAAGCGAGUCAUGCCCUUCGUGCAAGCGACUAGAGAGAACAUGGACAAGAUCGGCGCGGACGCCCUGUCGGUCGGCCUGCUGUUCGACGAGGCUGCUAUUUUGAGGGACAACACGCCGUAUUUACUGAGCACGCUUGAUCUGGACUCCAUAGAAGUGAAACACACGGACAGUCCCGACGCGCCAGAGAAGACAAAAGAAGACUGCUCUCCAGGGCAACCCCACGUCAGCUUCUACACGGAGCCAGGAGUGGCGGUCAGCAUCCACAACCCGACGCCUCUGAGCGGCCUCUUCACCGUCACGCUGACGCUGGCUGAUGGAGACACUGUGGAGAAGGUUAAGGGGAAGCUUGCGAAGGAGGUUAAGGCUGUUAAGGAUAUCGCGAGUCUGAAGUUAUGGCGGUAUGAAGACCCGGUGCUCGGCCCUCGCAAGAUCCCAGUCAUCGGCGACUAUCCCAGCAAAUGUAUUACUUUGGACAACGCUGCAGUAUUAAAAGUGGAUACCACGGCCAACAAAGUUGAGCUUGUGUCGAAUGGAAAGAACAUAGAUUUAGGUCUACAAAUGUUAUACACAUACGAAAAGUCUGUGUAACAUGACUGGCGUGUGUACUUUUUUACCUAUGAUAAAUUAUUUAUUUGCCAUUUCUUACUUCUGUUAACAAUGUUUCAUUGCAAUAUACAUCCGUCAUACUCA